AACACUUCAUGUACGGACGCUACCAAUGAGAACAUCCAGGGUGCGCGCACACACCCUGCAGCAGUAAGCAUGAAUGAGAGGCGGGAAGAGGAAGUAACCGUUCACCAGUUCAGAGCUGGACCGUAGCUGAAUCGGGUCAAGGACAACCACCACCUGCAUGAGCGUCUUCGUCGCCCCCUGGGCACGUCGAUUCAGGCGUUUUGUGACCGGAGUCUGGUCCGGAGCUGCUUGUUCGAGGGGAAUCCCGGCGGUCAUACAAGGGGGCGUGACCACCGGCCGUCGGAGCGCGUGAUCCGGACUUCUGUCCUCGCCGUCACCGACUAAUUCCAUACACUGUUUAUUUUUCUUCUUCUUGACAUCUACCCGGCAGCAGCUGACGGAUUUCCUCUCAGAACCGCUGUCUAUCGGCAUCAUGCUGGGUUCUUCUGUGAACGUCCUCACAGUUGGAGCGCGUCUCCAGCACGAACCCGGCCCUUCAAUCAACCGAUAACCGGUCGAUCGUGAUCGACCAGGACACGGAGCUGAAGUCCGGUUCUGUUUAUAAGGUUUUCCCUGGAUGAUUGAAUUUCCUGGUUUUGAGCUUAAGUAAUUUAUACUAUCAAAACCCUUGAGGUGUCCAUUUUAUUGUAACACCACCUGUAGACGUCUCCAGGUACUGCGCUCCUAUUGGUGGAUCAGUGAUGCGCGCGGUGCCGGGGUCCCCUCUCUAACCGCGGGGACAUGGCCGCCUACAGCAGACGGGACAUGGUAGAGGACUACCUCCGCUACAAGCUGCUCAGUCAGGGCCUGGAAUGGCGGAGUCGGCCAACAGCGUUUACGCCCUCGUCCGCGUGGAGGCCGGAGCAAGCGAGGACGUCACGCGGAGGUGCGCCAACGGACCACGCCCACAUAGAAGCCUGGGUGGCUCCGCCCCCAGUGCAGGUAGCCCUACGCUUCGCUGGUGACACCUUGGCGCGACGCCAUGGCAACAGCCUGGUGGCACAGGCUUUGCUGCUGUUGCAGUGCGGCGACAGAAGCAGCGCGGGGCGGAGGAGGAACCUGUCGAGGGUCAGGGAGGAGCUGUUCAGGGACGGAGUCAACUGGGGACGUAUUGUGGCCAUGAUGGAGCUGGGAGGGGCUCUGAGCGUGGAGGUGGCCCGGGUGGGCAGACUGGGCCAGGUGGACGACAUUGCCACGUGGUUGGAGGAGAGUCUGGACACGCUGCAGCUACAGGGAUGGAUAGAAGACAAUGGAGGAUGGGAUGCCUUUGUGGAGCUGUACGGUGAUUCCAGACCUCAGGGCAGUUUCUGGACCGUGAGGAUGAUGUUUGGACUGGCUAUACUGGGAGUGGCUGGGAUCACACUGGGAGCUCUGUUCUCCCAGAAAUAAUGGAACAGAUCCAAGCCCAACCAGCCUGAACUGGUCUGGUCCAGCAAUAGCACCUCUGCCGUCCACCGGUGUGAACAUGAACUAAGGAAACAAAAUCAGUGUGCCUUCACAGAGGUUCUGAGGUUUUGGGUCAGAUUCACUUCAAAGUUAGAACCAAUAUCAUAGAUGUUAUCGGUCCAAGAAUAAAUUGGACAUAAAGUGCCAUGUACGACAUACGGGACGUGAUUAAAGGAGGAUGAAGGUUGAAGGGGCCGAGCCAGGAUCCAUGGCUCUGGGUCUGUGUCUGGCUCAGCUGCUGGUGUUCUGCUUGGCGACAGCCUCCACACAUUUAGUUACUCAGAUCUGCAUCAACGGGACCUGCUUCUGUCCUGGACACACAUGAAUAAUAAGAGGAUUCUGGACCAUGUUGGACUUGAAAACAUUGGUAAGAAGGUUUCAGUAGUAGUCAGGAUUUGGGCUUAUGCCACUGCAGCAAUACAUUAAAUGUCAAGGUCCAGAUGCUCGGACAGAGGACUCACCUGUCUUACACAGGAAAUGAUCCGCAGGACGAUUGAGUGACUUUGACAAAGGAAGAGUGAGUCUGUCCGACAGGAGGCAGCAUCCGAUGGGCAGGUCCAGUAAUACAGAGAGGCAGCCAGGCAGAACUGGAACCGACAUCUGAGUCAUCAGUAAGUUCACUGAACCAACCAAUCUGUUAAAUGGUCAAAGGUCGUGAACAAUCUGAUGUUUGGUGGCCAAAAGUUGUUUUACUGUUACUAAAAUGUUGAUGUCAUUUUUCAUAUUUCAUUUUUUAUAAACAUUGAUCAAUA